ACAAUAAAUCGGUUGCAAAAUUCUUGAAUAAAUUACGACUCGGUGCACAACGUAGCGGUUUCGGCGAAGAAAGAUUAGGCAACCACCUCAUCGGCAGAUAAUGGAAUAUUGUGGUUGGUCUUUGUGUGGCUUUACAGCUCCUCGAAGGAGCAGCCGCGAAACUGCUUAAUAUUCAUAAUGGCAAAUUGUUUCCCUGGCACGUCGAUAUCGGCUGCAGGCGGCGCCGCAUUUACAGGUGUCCAAUUAUGACACGCGCCAAUUUUAACGAAUUCAUUUUUAAGCCCCUUUAAUAAAAUUAAACCGACCGCGGAGCGAAAAGUUUUGCCACGCGGCCUGUGUAUAAAACUCGUUCGAUUUUAGUGGAGGGUCGGCCGGCUGGCUGGCUGAGCUGCUGGCGGCUCGUUUAUAAAUUGGCGAUCGGCAAACUCAUUACCGCGGCCGCUAGCCUGUGGGGUGGUUGGCGUGGCGUGCGACGGCUGCAUCUGGAGGAAUUAUCAUUAUUAUUGAAUUUACGACACGUCAGAGGAUAGACACAUACACGCGGCAGCGAACGAGAGCAGCCUGCCCCCGGGGAGCGCAUUAAAAGCGGGGCCAAACGGUGUGCUAAUACAUUAAGGCAACAAGUACAUCGUAAAGCUUCUUAAGUGUCUGCCAUAACAGCUCCAGCAGCAGAAGCAGCAGCCGAGCGGAGAGAAAACACCACCGCAGCAGCAGCAGCGACUCGACAGUACCAUUAUGAGUGAGUGAAAAGUCGUGUGCAAGCAUUGAUCCAUGAAUUAGUAACUUCAAACACACGCACGGUUUGCCAGCGCUUUCUCGCGAAAAGCCUCGAGAGCAGCGUGCGUGAGAGUGAGAGUGAGUGUGCCGGCGACGCACGGGACAAUAGGCCUUCGAGUGAAUUCCCCGCGAGACGAAGAACAUGACGACGCUGGCGAGACUCGUUUUGAUGACUGCAGCCGGCACCCUGCUCGCGUACGGCGGCCUCGCGCAAGCACAAGGCCCCGUUGUUCAGGUGCAGGCCGUGGCUGGGGGCAGCGCGCUGCUACCCUGCGACAUCACGCCGCCGCUGGCCAACGACAGUGUGCUGCUCGUCAUCUGGUACAAGAACGAGAUGACGCCCAUUUACAGCUAUGACACGCGGGGCGCCCAGCCGGAACGAGGCUCCCACUGGAAGGAGAAGGGCAUCUUGGCCGAGCGGGGCUAUUUUCGCACCAUGUCCGAGCCGGCCACCUUCAAUCUCGAGAGCAUCGACGAACGCGACGAGGGCGACUACCGCUGCAGGGUUGACUUCAAGAAGUCGCCGACCAGGAACACCAAGGUCCGCCUCACAGUGGUCGUUCCACCCCAAAAACCCAACAUUGUCGACGAGCGGGGAAAGGAAGUGCAAAAUGUCGCCGGGCCGUACGAGGAGGGCGCAGAGCUGAAACUCACUUGCAUCGUCUCUGGUGGCAAACCGACGCCGACUCUAAGAUGGUGGCGAGACGAUCAUCUCGUCGACUCCAUCGACGUCCAGAGCUCGUUCCCCAACGUGAAACAAAAUCAGCUUUACGUGCGGAGGCUGGAAAGGGCGGAUCUGCAUGCAACGUACACCUGCAAAGCCUCCAAUAACAACAUCAGUCAGCCCGUCUUCGCCAAAGUUUCCCUUGAAAUGCACUUUAAACCCAUUAGUGCCAGCAUCCUGAGCAGCAGUCAGUCGCUCUCAGCCGAGAGGAAGUACGAGCUGGUGUGCGAGUCGGUCGGCUCCAGGCCUCCUACCAAGAUUUCCUGGUGGAAGGACAACAAAAAACUGGAAAAUUACACCGAGAAGGUGUCUGCGGACGGCAACAUGACAACCUCCACCCUCAUGUUCACCCCGACCAUGAUCGAUCACGAGAAAACUAUUACUUGUCGUGCUGAUAAUCCCCGCGUCCAGGCCGGGGUCGAGGAAGACACUUGGAAAUUAAAUGUUCUUUAUGUGCCGAUCGUGAAUCUGUCGCUCGGCAGCAGCCUCAACCCCGAGGACAUAGAGGAGGGCGACGACGUCUACUUCGAGUGCAAAGUCAACGCCAACCCAAUUGCCUACAAGGUGGUGUGGAAGCAUAACGGUCAAGUGGUGCUGCACAACCAAAAGAGCGGCGUUAUAAUGAGCAACGGAGAUCUGGCUCUGCAGGGGGUGAAAAAGCAGCAGGCAGGAAAUUACACAUGCACGGCGAGCAACAUCGAGGGCGACGGCGAGAGCAACGCGGUCGAGCUGCGCGUCAUGUACAAGCCGAUCUGCAAGGUGGAGCAGAAGCGGGUGUACGGCGUGGCACGCAACGAGCACGUCAACGUCGUGUGCGAGGUUCAGGCCUACCCGCCCCCGGAGACCUUCAAGUGGAGCUUCAACAACACGGCCGAAACAUUCGACGUUCCCAAAGUCAACUUCCAAACGGGCGCCUACGAAUCGAACCUCACUUAUAAGCCAAUUACCGAGAUGGAUUAUGGCACGGUUAUGUGUUCGGCUUCUAAUACGGCCGGACUGCAGCAGGAGCCGUGCGUAUUCCACAUCAUCGCCGCAGGCCACCCGGACACGCCAUACAACUGCAGCGUCGUCAACCAGACCAGCGGCUCGGUCGAGGUUGAGUGUCUCGAAGGUUUCGACGGUGGCCAGCAGCAGUUCUUCCAGAUUGAGGUGUACGACGUCGCCACAGCCAAGCUGGUGCGCAACGCGUCCAGCCCCUACCCCGUGUUCGACGUGCACGCGCUUGAGCCGGGUCGAGUCCUCAAGAUGGUCAUCUACGCGGCCAACAGCAAGGGCAAGAGCGAGUCGGUCACCAUCGAGGGCUUUACGCUCAAGGCCAUGGAGAAGCAAGCAGGAAUCUCGGCAGCGUUCGAGUUCGCCUCGAUCCUCGGCGUGCUGAUUAGCGUACUGAUUUCGCUAUUCCUGGCCGCGAUCGUGGUGGUGGCGGCGCUCAGUCUGCGCUCGCAGAACGCCAUGGGCCACUCGCUGGUGGACCACCCGAUCAAGGAGAAGUCCAACGUGAACCUGCACGUCGAGGACCUGUACGAGAAGGACGACAAGAAUCCGGACGUGAUACCGUGCCCAAAAGCAGACUCCGACUACCAGUUGGUGGCGUCGUUCCUGCCCAUCAGCAACACGUCGCCAGACUCCAAUAUUUACUGCGCUGAUGAAGCGGCACUCAACGGCGAUCUCUACAAGCGCUGCAACAUCAACGGCAAUUUCACCUCCACGCUCCUCAAGAACGAAAACGCCGCCUACGCCGAGCUGUUCCGGCUCAACGGGGCCAACAACACGUUCAAAGGGCCCGACUGCGGUCGGAUAGACGGCGCCGACUUUUCGCAACACCCCCAGGAUGGUGGCGGCCAGCAGUCGCCGAUGGGCAUCCUCGAAAUGCCGCCGUCGCGCGAAAUCGUCACCGUGAAGACGCUGAACCAGCAGGAAAGCUGCGUUUAAGUGCGACGCAACCGCUGUGUUAACUGACCAUUAGUGUAAUAGUGUGUCGACGCUGACAGAGAUUUUACAAAAUGUGUUUUAUCGACAUGUUUAUCGACUCGCUGGCUAUUUUUCUUAUCGAAACUCACUCACUCUAAACACCCUCCCACAGAUUGUACACUCACUCACUGACACGCUCAUGACUGUUUUAAAAUUGUAAGCCACCGUGUACUCAAGUCACCUUUCUCUACCUACCUCAUUGUGAGAAAAGCAUGGAACCCGUCAAAAGUUGUUUCCCGCCCCGUCGAGGCAGUGUGCAAAAAUCUCUCGUCUGCUGUAUCGAGUUGUAGACACUUUCCGCGUUGAGUUCGUGUGCGAACGCCAAAGAAAUGCGACCAGUCCGAUCGUGUUUGUGUAUCUACACACAUAUCAGGUGGCGGUCAAUUUUCAAGCCAAACACACUUUCAUACAUAUCUUUGAGGAAAACGACUCAUGUAACUGCAUUAUAUACCUGUUGGCGGCUCGUUCGUUCGUUCGUUCGUUCGUUCGUUCUUUCCACGCACAUACACACUCAAUUGAAGGGAGAGCUACAGCUGCUGAAAAACUUAUCAGUCCCGCAUCUCGUCACACACUCACGUAUAAGUCUGCUUGAAAAGCUAAUCUUUCGUUUUGAUCGGAAGAAUGGCAGCGAAACUGUUCCUCGCUCUUUAUAAUUAAUUGGACGAAAAAGACUGAACUGGAACCACAAAAACGUAAAUAGCUUGCUUGCUUCCUUAACUAGUGUGAAAUGACAUAAAAGAUGAGGAGCAGCGAACAUGUUUUGCAUCUGAGACAAGUCGUGUGAACGACGCGGAGGUGGAAAAUUGAAAAAUAACUCACUCGCUUUUUUCCUUCUCUCUCUCUCUCUCUCUCUCUCUCUCUCUCUCUCUCUCUUCUCGUUUUGUGUGUAUAUGUUUACGCAAAAAUUUCUCUCGCGGUGCUGUGUUUGUUAUUUACGUGCGCGCUCCCGAGAAAUAUCGAUCUUUCGCAGGAAGAACUCAAUGGAGGUGAUGUGGUUGCCGGUUUUCUCUUUUUUUAUUUGCCACCUCAUUCACCAGAGAGGCGCGCGUGCAUAUUGAAAAGGGGGCAAGGAGGACGACAGGGAAACAAAAAAAGAUUGUGAUGCUCGACACUUUUUCUUCUUAAUCAUUGAGCUGCGCGAUGUGCACACGGCCUCAUUAUCUCUGUCGAGAGUUACGCGUGCACAAAAGCAGAGUGGCGAAGAGGGCCAUUCCGAUGGAGUAGUGUUCUGCUCAUCAAAACUGCAAGCCAAGCCAGCACACACACCCACAUACACACACACAUACACACUUACACUGGAAACGGAACGAGAGGAGUUUCCAUACUAUUCUCUUGCUUGCUUGCUUGCUCGUCUCUGGCGGAUUAUGGUUACGGUUAUUAUUCCCUCUCUAAUCCAUUAUGCAUUCCAAUGGUCAUUGUAAAGAGUAACACACACACUACUACGAGAUACUACUGUUGCAUAUCUGCCUGAAUAUCAUUUUGUAAGUGUUUUUGCAUGUCAUGUUAUUACAUUCAAAUAUUAACAUAUAUAUUAAUAUACAACAACAUUAUAUAAAAAAAUGAGAAGAUAAGAACGCUAUCUACGAUUAUGAAUUACCAGAUGUAUAUUACUGUCAAUGUGCUGUGGCUACAAGAAUAUCAUCCGUCGCCAGGGGUGGGGCGAGUCGCACCCUGGCGGCGUUUCUUCGACUCCUCUUCGACCCCGUUUUGUACCCGAAAUGUUAGAGAAACGAUCGAGCAACUGACCGCGCGCUCUUUGCUUUUAAUAAACUCUGUCUCGCGAGUGCGCCGCUUUUGUUCGCCGUUUUUGACGACGUGCUCUUUUAUUACCAGUGCAGCGCGACUGUAUGAUGUGAUGUGCGAGAAGAACUAAACUUUCUCUCUCUCCGUAUAUAAUAUAGUAGCAGAAGAAGAUAAUUUUUUAUGUGACAAUGACGAGAAAAAUUAUUACCGUUCCCCAAGUACUGUACGUACACACUCCCCUGCCACAUGCACAAUAAAACACACACUCACUCACUCAAUGACACGUGAAGCGCGACCUGGGAGACAGUCUGGAACCGUGAAACUGACGAUGCGUAAUAUAACAUCAAGUUGCUAGAAAAAUUGCGUCAAGUCGAUUUUUUUUUACCAGAUACUCGCAUCAUAACGCGGCGCUUGUCUUGUUCUUGUUGAAGGCCGGCUCCUUAGCUAUACUUGUACUUUUUUGCUCACGAACGACUAUAAAUCCCAAUAAUACAUGCUCUGUGGUGGUUCUCCCUUUUUCCGGCUUGCGACACAAAUGCCGUGUUGGACAAAUAAAUCGUGCAUUGCGGCAAACAGCGCCAACUGUUGACUGUGAUUUGAAUUUAUACUCCAGCUCUCAUCGCACUGCGAGUAAAUCUCUCGGCAAAUUAAUCCCUUCAGCAUUAAAUUCAACUCCUUCUAUUUCCAUAUCGCAAUUGCGAGGUUUUAUAACUCUGCAAUAAUUUAAUCUUGUACUUAAGUAAUAAGAAUUCUUAAUUUUUUUUUUUAAAUCUGGAACUAGAUACAACCAAACACCAAUUAGUUCCUAAGUUAAAUAAGUCUCGAUUUUCAUUAACAUUUUGUUUCCUUUUUUGGUAAUUGACAAAUGGAAUAAUUCUCGUGUCUCUCUCGUGAUUAAAAAAUAAUAAUAUCAUCUCUUCAUCGCACUCUAAGCGAAGGAAAACCCGCUUCCCUUCCCCAUUUAAAUAAAGAGAGCUUUAAUUUUUCAUUCCAUCAUGCACAGUCGCAGUAAUAAAACAAAGUCCAACCCUUCUGCGUAUUAUUUUUGCAGAACAAUAACAGCGCUAUCGUACACCAGCUCAAGCAAUGCCCCUCUCUCAGUGCCAUUGUUUCUCGCAAAUCGUGUCCCCUGACGAGUCUAUAUGCAUAUCACAUAGAAGUCUCCACGCGGCAUUUCUCAUCGCGUCUUUUCCCUCAGCAUAACAUUUCCUUUGAAUAACAGAGCGAACAUUUCCUCCGCAAAUUGCAUAUUUAAAUUACAACUUUUCCAGCGGCAGCCAGCGAGAUUAUUCCCGUGGAAAGAGAAAGAAAGAAAGAAAGAAAGCGCAGCUCGAGCAGAUUUCGUGAUUUGAUUACACAAAGAUUUUCCAGCAGAAGCGGCGGCGGCGGCAGCUGCGUUAUUAAAGGGGAGCUGGUUUUAAUUCCUGGUGCCACUCGCGCGCGACCACGAGUCUGCGCGCAUCUUCUUUGCUGCAGCCUCUGAAAGCACCCCCCGAAAAUUUAACAGGAAAUUAUCAAGGCAAAGGAGCCGAGCCUACAUGUGUUUCGCAAUUUGUGCGCUCUCGCAGCUUUUGUUCCAGCUGUUGCGUCACGGAACUCGGAAUAAUCUCCCUCCGUGACGAGACGAGCAGCCGCUUUAAUUUAAGCACAAUAAUUAUAUAUGAAUGUAGACGUGUUUAAGGUUAAGUUGUCUCCGUCUAUGUCUCAUCCGCUUCAUUCUCUCCUGCAAACCCGACCCCUGCGUCUGGCAGCAGAUAGGGUACUUUUCGGUUCACGCACACUUGGUGAGAUACGCGAAACUUUGUGGUGUGAUGCGUCGUAUAGCAGAUCAUUAAUUCCUUCUGUUGCUCGUGUCUAUCUAGAAAUUACUCCAAAAUUAAUUUAACCUUUUCACAGAUAGAAUGGAUGGACCAGUUAAAAACGUAUAAAAAUGGGACAAACUAAACUGUUUCGAGUUGCUCAGAGAAACAAAUACGUCACAUUCCUGACAAUGCAACAGUACCUUUAUUUUGUUGGCAUUUUUAAUUACCCUAGUCUGAGUCUUGUAGCAUUUUCAUUCAGGCUGAGCUAGCGAGGCUAAAAUUUCAGAUUAAAAUUAAGUAAUUUACAAUCAAAUCGAUAAACACCAAAAUUUCGGCGAAAAUGAUGCAUUAAUUCAACACCCUACCAAAAUUCAAUUCCAGCGCUAUUUUUAUUCAUAUCAUUAUGAUAAAUAAUGUUUUCAACCAUACCACGUGAAAACUGAUUCCUGGAAUACGGCCUUCGUUGAUUCUUAACUCCAUUUCAGUGAUUCCGCGUAUCUCACUAAUGGUAGUGGUCCUUUUCCUCGCUCGCCAACUACCCUGAAUAGAAUUAUUAAUUAGAGCGUAUCACUCACCUUCCCACACUUCACAAUAAAUUACCACGAGAUUAACGAGACGAGAUCGGUAAGAUUAAUUCUCAGAGUAAAUUUGAAAUUUGCAUUGAAAAAACUUUUAGGAUGAGUACCGAUGAUGACAAUGGGUGAUGUUGUCAGCGCAGUUAUUUAAAGAGAGGAAACAAACACACUCAAAAUGCUCAAAUAUUGUAACUCGGUUUUACGAGAUUUUACCGCCCAAAAGUGACUGACGUGUACAUUGUAACUGUAUGAUUAUCGCAUAUUUUAUCCCCCUGCUAUUCAUUCGUGCGUGUGAGCGAAAUCGUUUGUUUGUAAGGAAGAUGAAAAUCAAAAUCUCUCGUUGUUACACGCGAAGCUAAUUACUUGUUGAUGCUCGUUCUCUCGACCGUAAAAUCCCCGUUGCCGUUCCAUUAGCAAUCUUGGUGUGCGCGUUCGCAACAAAAAAGAGAGAGAGAAAGAGAGAAACCGACUUUUAUUGCGCACGCCGGACAUUAAGAUGUAAAAUUUAUCGUACCAAAUGCGCAUUCAAUACUCUUUAGUGUUGCGUCUGGUUUUAUUUUUAUUAUUUUCCUAUAUUCUCUCCCGUAGCGCUUUUUGCCUCCACCCGAUGAUGUUAAAUCUGAUUUUUAUUCCGACGACUCGAGACAAUCGAUAAGCAAAAUGUUGUUGUGCACGGAAAAUGGAAAAGUCGUCCUUGUGUAUGAUUUGAUCUUUUGCCUUCUCAAAUUGCAGAGGAAAAAUAAAUACAUAUACCUAUAUAUAAACCCUGGGCCCACGCUGCUGCUGCUGCUGCUGUGGAGUAUGAAAAAGUAAUAACAAUAUCAAAGCCCGAUUGGAACACAAAAGUGGAGCGAAAUGAAUAGCAAGGGUUGUGAUCAUGUGCAAAUAAUGAACAAAGAGCAAACAGAAAUUAUAAUAGCUGCUAAGAAGUUGAGAGGACAUGUGUAACAAAAACAAUAAAGGAGAAACUCGAUCUCGACAAAGACGAUUCUGUACCUACAAGUGGAAGAGCAAGCUCACGAGAUGAAAGAUGUGUAAAAAUUCUAUCAAAUAUCAAAAUGUUGCGCCAGAGUAUUAACAGAUAUGCGUUUUAUUAUGACGAACAAAACACACACCGCUGAAAAUGUGAAAAUCUUUACAUGGCUCCAACGAUCUAGUUUUGUUUUGGUCAUUCUUCUGAUUAUUCUUCAUUAUUAUCAACUGUUAUUACACAAAAUACCUUGUGUACAUAUGGAAAAUGUAAUAAACAUCAGUAGAGUUCUAAAAGUA